AUGCCCUACCCGGUCAUGGCGGAUCUGCCCGCGUCUCCGGCCCCGGAUCUCUGCAGCAGCUGUCGUGGGAAUGCGGGGACUCCCCCGCGCACCCAUUGUGUCGGCGAAUUCCGAGUCUCCGCGCCCGGGGCUGCCCACGGACUUGCCUCUCCGGACCAAGGCAGCUCCCCGAUCUUUGUAGCUCAGCCAACUGGCCCGUCAACCCGUGUCAGACAGGAGUGUGAACCAUUCAACUUUGGUGCCCGUGGCCACACUCCCACCCGCCUCGACGCCAUCAACCGGUAUCCUCCCCUGGGGAAUUGUCUUAUACACCCACGCACAUCCUGUCCGUUUUGCCUGAUUCACCGGGAUGGGCGACACAGUCGGGGAUUGGGGGAGCGGGUGGAGGUGGAGAGAGGCCAAGCAGUGUGCCGGGGCGUGUCUGAGCGCCUCAAUAUAAGGCGGCAACAACGGCGCUUUGCCGAGGAUCCCGAGCGAGGUUUCCGCGUCUGCCGGUGCUUCCGCUGUUGCCGAGUUGCCAGUAUGCUGUCCGCCGUGUGGAUGGUCCUCGCUGGUUGCUGCGCCGCAAACGCCCUGAUCUGCGGGAACGUGGCGGUCCGGGGAAACGCCACCCAGUCGAGCACAAACUGGGGCGGAGAUGCGCACCAAGCUAUCGACGGGGACAGGAACGCCUACUACCACAACAAAUCGUGUACUCACACCAAGAGUGAAUUACGGCCCUGGUGGAGCGUAGACCUGUUGUCCGAGGAGAACGUGCUGUCCGUGAAGAUCACCAACCGACUUGACUGCUGCUGGAAACGGUUCAAAAACGUCGAGGUGUAUGUUGGUACCUCCUACCAAAACAACGGCAACAACAACCCGCUAUGCGGGAUGAUUGAGAGCCUGGAAGCCGGUGGCACCGCCCUGCUCAACUGCCACGGGAUGAACGGGCGUUUUGUCAACGUGGUGCUGGCAGGCGAAGGCAUCCUGACCCUGUGCGAGGUCGAGAUUUACGUAAAAGGCUAAGAACGGCGGCGCCGCUCAAUAAAAAC